GUAGACAAAUUUGUUUAUUUAUUAUAUUAUUUUUCAUUAUUAAAUCUAUUUCUGUUUGUUCAGUAUACUAAUAUCGUUGUGAUUAAGUCUCAAGAACUAAAAGCAUUAAUGCUAGGUCAUAAACACGAAAUAUAACUCUUCAAAACAGAAAAAUAGCACAGCUCGUUUCGAGGUUAACUGUGUUAUGAUACAAUAGAAACGUAAAUUUCGCGUUAAAUACUCAUUUAAAAUGCAACAAAGAGAAGAAAAACAACUCGAAUCCGCUUUAGAUUCCAUCAUCCAACGCGUAAACGAUCUAAAACAAUCCAUAGCCUCGAUGAUAUUCAAAAUUGAAAACGAAUACGAAACCAUCAAUUGGCCCAGCUUUCUAGACAAUUACGCUUUAAUAUCAGGACAGCUUACCACCUUAACCAAGGUGCUGAGCCAUGACAAGUGCCCGGUACUCAGAAAUCUUACGGUAUUACCUUUGAUGCUGUCCCCCGAACGCGACGAGCAACUAGCCCAAUUGACCGAACACCGAGUCACCACGUUUGCGCACGAUUUGUGCCCAGACUAUCUCCGAACGAAACUGGAACCCGUAGCCGAAAAUAAAAUGCUCCAAUUAGAAACCAAAGCCCUAGGACUCCAGUACGAUAACGCGCAGAAACAAAUCGCCACGUAUCAGAAAGUGAUCUCGCACGUUUGGGACAUCGUGAGCAAAGCCCGCGAAGAAUGGGAAUCGGAGUCUUCGUCGCGGGGCAACACCCAGCAGAAUUCCAGCGUGGCCGAUACGCACCUUUUAGUCGCCGCCGUCGGUAUGGGUAAAGGCCUUAAGAUGGGACCGAAUCCGAAUGGACAGACGAAUCCCACGUCGGGCGGUAUGAUGGUGACACCGGGAAGGGCCGGAGGACCGCCCGGACCAGGCCAGAUGCCUCCGACUACGCAGGCAAUGAGCAUGAACAAAGCUCCGGCGGGGAUCAAGACGAAUAUCAAGAGUGCUGCGCAGAUGCAUCCGUACGGAAGGUGAAAU